AUGUCUACUUGCCCUGUAUGUGGAAAAAAAGCUUAUCAAAUGGAGUCCAUUGUUAUUGAAGGAAUUACUAUGCACAAAAACUGUUUUAGAUGUAGUGUUUGUAAGAAAAUAUUAAACGGAUCUAACUUUGCAAAAAAUCAUGGAAUUUAUUACUGCAAAGUUCAUUUCCAACAAAUGUUUAAAGAAAAAGGAAACUAUGAUGAGGGCUUCGGUUAUACAAAGCGUAGUACUAAUUGGGAAAAGAAAGAAGAAGAACAUCAUACUGAGCCCAAGAAAGAGGAGCAUAGCGUUGAGCUAAAGAAAGAAGAACACCACUCUGAAUCCAAAAAAGAAGAACACCACUCUGAACCUAAGAAAGAAGAACGUAAUGUCGAAGUUAAGAAAGAAGAGGCUACUAUUUCUCCUGAAACAAAGACACUUAUAGAAAAUAUUUUAAAACAAUUAGAUAAAAUUGAUGAAACUUGCACUAAAUUAGAAAGUGGUGGAAUUAUUACUCCAGUAAAUUCAAGUCAAAUAGACCAAAUUUUUGAUCGUCUUGAUGCUGCACUUUCUAAAUUAGAAAAGAAAUAA